AUUACAAACAAGAUAUUUUAAAAGCCAUAUGAUUUAAUGUUCAUAGUUAUUUGUAUAAAAGUUUAUCUAGAAAUAAGAAACUCUACAUAUUUGAGGUCACCGAGAACAUGGUUAAAUUAGAAUGGCACAACUUUUGGCCAGCACAUGUUGCUCCAGAGUUUGUCCAGUUCGUACAAAUCUCUUUUUGAAUGUCCGAAGUUAAGUGGCGAAGAAGAGGGCAACGGGUUGGCGAAAAAGUUGCCAACUUUUUCAUUACUGUUGCACAUCAAGUUGAAGUUUGUCGUAUACUGGAUGACCUUUAUGCAAAACAGGUCCUGGCACAACCGCCCACGCUGCCUUUUCCAGUGCGGUGCAUUAUUAAGCGCCAGCUUUUCUAUUAUUCAGCACACACAUGAUGUCUGUGUUUUGGGCGGUGUAAUAAAAAAGUGUGAAUUAUUUAUGCAAAGGCUUCACUGUGGUCAGCCAGCCGUUUUUCCUGCUGUUCAUAUUGAAAUGCCAUUAGCGAAAAUCGUGCAAUUGGCAUUGCGCCGACGCGGCGUAUACGCAAUCUGGCAUUGAGAUAAUAUUUAUUCGCGUGCUGUGCUGGCCAUUAUGCCAGCUGGCCCGAGAUUUACAUUAAUAUUGGCGGAACAAUGCUGGCCAUAAUCGUUACGAAUGCAGAUAAUGCCAGUUAGUUUGGCCUAAUUAAAAGAGAGAGGGCAAGCGAAACAAAGCCCAAGAAGAUUGCCUUCUGCUGAUGCGUGAAUUUUCGUAACAACAGCGUGGAAAAAAAAAAACACUGCAACAUUUCGUGCCCGUUUUCAGCGAGUUGAUUCCGUUUUUGUUUGUGUUUGCCCUGCCGGAGCACGCGUGUGUCUGCGUUAUCUUGGACAAGAAUAAACCAUCCAAACAUCCUGAAGCAUCCGCGCAUCCAAACAUCCAAGCGCCCAGGCAUCCAUCUACUUGGCCAUUGUGGUUGUUCUUGGCUCUCCUCCGCGGCGCGGCCCCUCUUUCAUUCUCAUUUCGAAUCCUUGGCGCAGCAGAUUCUAGUUGGUGGCCUACUCUGAAGAAAAUGUCUUUAUAGAGAUGGCCAAACUUUCACGACGUGCCUCGUCGUCUGCAGCAACGCCCUCCACAGCAAGAACAGCAACUACUGCAACAACUGGCGUCACAUCAGUCAAUCCAAGUCAUGCCACGCAGCAAGCAGACGAGCAGCAGGAUCAUAAGGAACAGCAACGGAUCACCCGUCGUGCCGCAAGCAAUAGCAAUCGAGUCCAAGCAGCGGCUCUCAUCGACACGAGUCCUGAUGUCCUGCAUGAGAAUCCACCGCCAUCACCGACACCGGCGGCGCUUUCGAAUAGCAGCAACAGCAGUAGCAGUAACAGCAGCUAUCAGAGCAACACUGCCACGCCCACAGCACCCGCCCAUGCCCAUGUUACGGCCACGCCCUAUAUGCCACUACUGCCGCCGGGCGAGCGGAAUCUGACGGAGGCGGAAAACGCAGCAGAGCGGGCCAGGAUACGGGAGGAGUUCUUUGCCACGUACGACGUGAUGACGGGCGUCAGGAUCGCCGCCACUUUGGGCGGCUUCUUCGGUCUGAUGGUUUUCUUAAUCGUUUGGAAGAGUCGCAGCAGCAGCAACGAGACGAUGAAGGUGCUCAAGGAUCCCAAAAUGGCUGCCGUUGCGGCGGUGUGCAUGCAGGAGGAAGAGGAGCGCGAAAUCCACGACGCCAUCGUGGCCACGGGCAUGUCCAUUUAUCCGGAUGAGUAUGAUGCAAUGGUCUACCGCCGGCAGCGGAUGCUCUCACUCGGCAAUGUCAGCGCUCCGCCGCUGUUGAAUCGUGGAUAUCGAUGUGGUUCGAUGGGUGGUGUUGGUGUGGGUGUUCCAGUGGGCUAUAGCUACCUGCUGGAGCCACCGCGUCGCUUCUCCUAUUCCUCAAUGUCCGGCGCAGGAGGUCAUGUGGGUCGUCGCAAGAGUGGGUCGGAGUCGUCGCGCAUCUUCAGCAACUAUCCAAUGGGCGGCAGCUUUGGCACGGACGACUAUUUCGUGGAGACGGAGGACGAACUGGAUGCGGAGGAGUACAUGCAGCCAGGUGCCACGGAUGAGCCAGAUCACCAGCACCAGAGAACGGAUUCCACGCGCAGCAAGCCGGGAUUUCUGUCCGUACCGAUGGCGGGUCAGGACUCGCGGCGAAGCAGUGCCAUGACCUGCUGCAGUACCGAUAGCUCCUACCUGGAGCGGCGCACGUCUGCCUACAUGGGUGGUUGCAUGGGCAACCUGCCGCCCACGCUGCAACGGAAGCUAUCGACUGCCUCGCGUACAUCGAGCAUCGAGAAUUGGGACUACUACUACCCGGACAUUCAGGUGAUACAGCCAACGCCCAAGGCUUCGCCAUGUCCCUCAGAGCGCAGUGUCCACGAAGGAUCGGGAUCGGGUUCAGUGAGCGGAUCGAGGACCUCCAAUCUCAGUGCAUCCAAUGUCAAGCGGAAGCACAGCAUCGUGUCCUAUGAUCCACACAGUGCUCAGGCUGGCCGUAAGCAGCAGAUUCACUCGAUCAGCGCGGACACUGUGGACGUGUAUCCGUACAACCAGGAGAGCACCGUCGACCUGGCCUUGGCUCUGCCACUUCCCAAGCCCGUGCAGUCUGCCCCGCCCACCAGUGCUCACCAGGCGUUCCACUUCUGCGACUCGCCAUCCGAGGAGCUGCGUCUGGGUGUCCGGCGGAAGCUCACGCUGGUGGAGCUGCAGCGCAACGAGAGCAACAACAACAGCUUUCCGUACACGGCCAAUGCAGCGGUUCCAGCCGGAGCGGCAGUCACCGCAGCUAGCUCCAGUAGUAUCAGCGUGGACAGCACUCCGGUAAGUCUGGAGCGUUUAAAUGGCGCGGGGAGCUGCGGAAGCGCCAGCCUGGCCACCAUUUCCGUGUCCAACAAACUGCCGGCGCUGGGCAAUAACAAUCCGGAGAAGCGAGCGCCGCUGGCCUCACUAAGUUCCUUCAAGAUCUCCUCGCUGGAGUGUCCCGACUCCGAGCUGCGCUCUCUGGACGAGGACUCGGUCUUUGGGCUGGAGAGUCCGGCGGACACGGACGAUGACAUGCAGCAGCUGAGCAGCGACAGCGAGGAGCAGGAGGCAGCAGCCCAGGCUGCCCAAGCACAGGCCGCCUCAAUCCAAACUGGUGGGGAGACCAAGCCCAAUCCCAUGCUGCAUGCCGUGCCAGUAAAACGAAUGAGCCUCAGUGCGGUGCCCUCUGCGGGAUUGACGAGCGCCGCCUUGACUAGUGGUGGUGGAGGAGCACGUCCCCGGAGACCACUGCUCCAGCGACAUCGCACCAUCAGCGUAACUUCCAGUGACCGAGUGGCUCUCAUCAAUCAGCCGCUGCAACAGUUCCACAUGGGCUUGCCCAUACAGUCGGAGGCGCCUCCGCUGGAAACCCACUUUGGAGCAGUGGUGAGCCAGAGUCCCCCCCGGCGGGGACCUCUGCUGCAGCAGUACAGCGAUCCACAGACGACGACGACGACCACAACGACCACCACCACGGAGGAGGACACCUGCUCCACCCUGAAUACUGAGCUGGGGUUGGUGGAGGCGUCUGGAGUAACUCUCGGCGGUGCGGAGUCUGCCACACACACCCAGUACAGCAGCCUCAACACGGUAAUCAGCAUGGGUCGGUCCACGCCCAGUCCCGUUCCCGUUUCUGUUCCUGGUCUGGCCGCCCGGAUGGACAAUAAUGCCACCACUCAAGUCACACAGCAGCCAGCUCAACUGCCAACGAACGCUAUCCGGCUGGUGCACGAUCCCUGCCCCUCGUCCGUGUCCGACUCGGUGAUAGCCACCCGGCAACAGAGCAUCUGUGUGCCCGCCUCCCUUAAGGAUCUGAUCCUGCGCAAGGGAUCGGGACCGGGUCCCGCUAAUGUUCCCACCAGCGGUAUCAGUCGGAGUGCCGCCAAUCUGAGCUGCGAAGCUGGAGUCACUGCAUCAACCACAACGACUGCAACGCCCGCCGUUAUGCUAGAGCUUCCCCUGAUCCGGCUGCCCAACGAGGACAACGAGGAGCAGCAGGAGCAUCGGGCCCACUUGAUACGGGACGGCGGUGGCUUGGACGGCGAAAAGCGCGAUCCCAGCCUGCCCGGCACUUCCAGAAAAUGGUCCAAGGAGACACUCUUCUAGCCCAGCUGGUUUCCACUGCUCCAACAAAGGCAGUUCCCUGGGCCGGGCCACUAAUAAAGAGCUUAGCAACUGACUUUGUACGCAUGGUGAUGGGAGCUACGGUGAAAACUUCUCUAAGAAGAACAUGGACUCAUUCCUUCUUCAAGUACUGCGAAAGAGUUUAGAGAAUGUUACUUUUGAAGUUUUCACUGUAACUCAGUUUGUCGCCUGGUCUAGCAACCAAUUUCCUGGGUUGCUCGAGAUCCGGAACCCGGAACUAUGAAACGCGAGUAUUGAUGAGUAUUUAGGUAUAGGUAAGGAGGAUUAGAUUAAGCGCAUUUAGUCAAAACAUAAGAUAGUUCGGUCUGGCACACGGAGUCACAGUACAGUAGUACAUGCCUACUAAUCAUGCAUAGACCGAUCGGGAAGGUGGAAGUGGGUAAUGAACAACAACGUAUUCGUACUUAGAGACUGUUGUCUAUUAUUGUUAAUAGAACUCUAAAAGUUAAGUAGUGAUACUCGGAUUUAUUUUUCACACUUUAUCUGUAAAACAAAAGUGCAGGCGUACGAAUAUAUAUAUUUGUAUGCGGCGCCAUACUGAAGAGAAAGUUUAUACAUAUAUUUCUAUAGAUAUAUCGCCAGUCGCCACCAUAUAUCGGUCUUUCUAUCUCUAUCUAUAGCUCUCCCUCUUACGGAAUGAAAACUCUUCUAGUGUCUUAACCAGCAGCCAAAUACUUAAAGUAUUGUAAUUUAGAAAUUUUAUAGAGUGCACCGCAACUUCGCAUCGAAUCCAGCGAUGUCGUGUUAUCCUUGCAACAAAAGUACUCUGACCGAAGACCUUAAGGACCUCGAGGGGUCCGCCCGAAGAUGCCUAAAUGUCCUUAACGCGUAGCUAGACAAAAGGUGACGACUUUCCAGGAACAUUUUCGCAUUUCCCCGCUCCUGCCUGUUCGAAAAUGAAUUGUUGUUGGAUAUAUAAUAGAGUUGUUGUCAGAAUAUAAAGUUAGAAAGCGAAUAUAGAAAAAUGACGAACAUGUAUGUAAACAAUUUCCUAACUCAUCCCACCUACGCAUCUCUAUUUUUCUAUGAAAAGCUAAAGCCAAGGGAAGGGAAAUGAAUCAAAUAACUCGGAUUACUCAAAUCAAAAUACACAAUUAGUGGUCGAAAGGCGAGAUAAUAUGAUAGAGCUGCAUUUUGAGGUGCCCCAGCCCCCCAGAGACUUUCUAACACGCCUGAGCCUCAGCCUGAGCCUGAUUUGUACCUAUCCUAUGCAUAAGUAUAUAUUUAUAUACACCACACAUGUAUAAAUCGAGCCCUAUUUGAAUAUUUUUUAAUACUAGUAAGUAUUUUGUACGACGAGAUCAACUCGAAAGGCGCCUAGGAAAUGGAAAUGGUAUAUCAAAAGGAAAAUCCCCCAGAAACACAAACAUUUAAUUGUUGGUUAUAUGCUGAAGAACGUAAGCGUAAAUGAAAAUUCGUAAAUGAAAAUAUUGUAAUUGUAGCGUUGAUUUGUUUCAAAUGAGCAAACAUAUACAUAUAACUAAUAACGUAGAUAAAUAUACAUACCUAUAUUUAAUGAAACCAAUGAGCAAACCUAACUUGUGUAAGUCAAAGAGUAGCGGAACCAAUUGUUAAACCUAAGCAUAAUAAAUCUGUAAUAAAACUGAGCUGUUGUAUUAAAUGAACAAUAACAAUGUUGAAGACAAAGUUUGGAUAUCGGCACCAAUGCGUAGGCCAUUCAAUUUGUGAACUUCGAAUACGAGUACUUAGUGUUUUUACUAGAAAAGACUUCUUUCCUUUUCCCGCGAAUGUUUCGUUGCGAUGUUUUCUUUUAUACUUUUGUACUAACGCCCCCCUUUCCAUAGUCCGACCUAAUUUCCAUAAUGUUUAUAAGCUCGAUUGAUGUCUAUAUGUACCUCUAGCUAAACUCAAAGCAUAAUUGAUCAAAUUGGUAAAUGAAAGCAAUUCGAAAUUAAAACGAAUAUGUGUACUACUAACGCGCAAAUACAAGAAUUAUUAAUGAAAGUUUACUUUAAAGAACGGAUUAAAAUUUUUAAAAGUAUGAGCUAUUAAAGAACAAACUUAGUUAAAUGUUAUAUAUGAAAAACCAAGAAAUUGAUGUACAUGUUAGCGAUAUUAAUGAGAAAUGUGACAAGUG